AUGCGCUCUCUGUUGGGAGCUCCGGAUAUUGUAAAGUUUGGGUUUAUCAUUGAUUUAAUGAAUCACAUGCUUUGGAAUAUUGAGGGGAGUACUAGCCCUUCUGAGCAUGCUCGGAUCGGUUUAGGCUCCAAUUUGCCUCCUGUGCAUGUUGUCUAUCCACAUGAGGAUGUUGGGGCCGUAAAGGGUAUUAAAAUCAAACACCCUCCUGCUCCUCCUGUGGAUACAGAAUCUUGGUGGCAUGAAUAUGCCGAUGUAUGGGCCAAAGAUAGUCUAGAUUGUGGUAAAUCACAAUUAAUGGUUUCUUUGGAUGGUUCACACCACCCAUAUGUUAAACAGUAUCCAAUUCCACGUGAGGCAGAAAAGGAUUUAGAAGUUAUCAUUGACCAAUUGCUACAGCGUGGGUUAAUUCGACCAUGCCAAACUGCAGGCUCGAGUCCUGUGUGGCCUAUUCGUGAAAAAUACAACACUUGCGUUUAA